AUGUCAAACAAGAAGCUGGAGGCACUGAGGGAGGCAGCGAAGGCGGCGGGCCUGAGCCCCUCUGAGGAGAAGUUCGUUUGCUUUGACUGGUCCGCGAGUCAAGAGUGGCAGGAGUAUCUCGCCAGCCUGUACCCUACCCCUCCUUUGAAUAAAAUGCUCAAAUGGAAGAAAAAGUUUUACAAAGCGCAUCAGGACGCGACCUUCGACAUUAACAGCACAAAAGUUGAUGACGUCUUGAACGGAAACUUCAGCCCAGGCGUCAGCUCUGGCGACAGCAGCUGCAGCGGUAGUUACAGUGGCCCCCGCAUGCCUCCAUUUUCACGGCCGAUUGGUUCUCCUCCCUCUGCUACUGUUCUCAAAGUGCUCUCUCCUUUGACGCUCUUCUGCCUCGUCGCUGGCAUGCUCAAGACUGUGCUGGCUGCCGCUACGUCCCGUAGAGAUCCCAUGGCCUCCCUGCUGCUGACUGGAGCGCUUCUGCUGCGGUUGUACGGCUGCUUUGGUCUUCCACCCAUCAAAUUUUGGCCAUUGUCCCAAUUGGGGGACUCGAUCGCCAACGAAGGCGUGCCCUACUUCGAGCGCGUCCUACAGAAUGAUGCCAUGCAUGGCGUCCUGUUCUCUUUACUUACGGGUCUCAUGCCGAACUCGUUGCCUCUGCUGGCUUCUCCUUUACUGACGGGCAGUCUAGUGGCGGCCUACAUAUUGCGCGAGGGCAGUGGCAUACUGUCGUUAUUAAAAAACAUCGGUCCCGUGCAAAGCUUCACGUCAAUGAUGGAUCGAAAGAGGUUUCAAAUUCUGCAGCUGCGCGCGGACUUGGAAGUUUACUUUGGUCUAUUCUUCGUCGUGUGGUCCCUCAUAAAGAUGAAUGUGUCUUUAUCGGAGUUCUUCGUGCCUGCUUAUCUUUAUUGGCAGCUGCAGAAAAUCAGGUUUCAAACUUGCCCAUACACUCAAGCAAGUAUCCGCCGGCUUGAUGGUACCAUCACGGCGCUAACCAAUCAUCGCGCGUGCCCUGGGGUUCUCAGGCUGGUCUACGAAAAAGUCCGCAUCUUCUGCAUCCGCCAAGUGCAGCCGCCUGAGCCUCCAGGUGGUCCUCGCAGCUCAUCGUGCACAAUUAUGUGA